CAGUAACAUAUGGUUAAAAGUUGAAAUUUCGGAGGUAAAUAUUACAUUUCAUAUGAUUGGUAAAACGAAAAAAAAAUUAUUCCCCGUCGAUCGGCGUCGUUUUGCCAGGAGCAUCGAUUAUUGGCUAAUUUUCUACAUAGUACACACUACAUACGCCGUCAACAGCCAUUGUCCGUUCUCUUGAGUUUAGCGUCUUUUCGUCGGUGAAUAUCAACUGUCAAGUGGUUUCGAUUUUUUGAAGCUUGUUUCGGCCGUUCGUAUCUGUUUCUCGUGCUAAUAUAUCGUUUCUAUCCAAUUGCCAUGUCUACAUUAUUGGUAAUCGAAUCAGCUAUGGCUGGUUUGGUGAUCGGCCGUGGCGGAGCCACGAUCAAGACCAUCCAACAAGAUAGCGGCGCGAUGGUAAAGCUUACAAACGGUGACACAGCGGACACGCGGAACGUGAAGAUUAUUGGCAGUGAAGACGCUCAGCGUUUGGCCAGUGGCAUGAUCGAGAAGAUUGUUGGAAAAUUGUUGCGGUCGGAAACGAUUUCCACUCCACCACCGCCGCCCAGGCGACAAGCACAUGGUGGAGGCACAAGUCGAGGCUCAGAUAGACCGCGACCAAAACGGCGAUCGGUGUCGCCGGAAGAGAAAAUCACUAUUAGUGACGAGGCUUGGGAGGAAAUCCUCCGAGAAAACAGGCAGAGGGACCUCGAGAUUAUACAGUCGUUGCCGCCAAUCAUCAAGGAUCUCUAUGUGGAGCAUAAACAAGUAAAAGCCAUGUCUGACGAAGAAGUCCAAUCGUUUAGAACUGCUCAAAAUGAUACUACUGUCCAGUACGUGGAUGGUGCCGAAUGCUUACGACCGAUACCAAAGCCUAUAAAAACAUUUGAACAUGCCUUUGGUUCAUAUCCAGAUAUCAUGAAGGUAAUUAAAAAACAAAAUUUUACCAUACCGUCGCCUAUACAGUGUCAAGCAUGGCCAAUAAUUCUGAGUGGACACGAUUUAAUAGCUAUUGCCCAAACUGGUUCAGGAAAGACAUUAGCAUAUAUACUACCAGCUAUAAUUCAUUUACUUGGACAACCUACACCACGCGAUAAACGUAUUGGACCAUCUGUAAUGAUAAUGGGACCAACCAGAGAACUUGUGUUGCAAAUCCACGAUGAAAUAACAAAAUAUUUAUUUAACGAUAUCAAAGUUGUGUGUGUAUACGGUGGUGGUGUUUCAACUCAGGAACAUCAAAAACUCAUAAAAGCUGAGAAACCAGACAUUGUUGUAGCCACACCAGGAAGGCUUAAUGAUUUGAUUGGUAUACAAGCAAUUAAACUUGAACAUGUGUCUUAUUUGGUUCUCGAUGAAGCGGACCGUAUGUUAGACAUGGGUUUUAAAAAUCAAAUAGAAUUGUCACUAAGACAUGUGCGUCCAGAUAAGCAAACUAUUUUGACAAGCGCCACAUGGCCAACAGCUGUCAAAAAUUUGGCUAAUUACUUUACAAAAAAUCCUUUACAUAUCACAGUCGGUUCUCUUGAUCUAUCUACUGUAAAUACAGUAACUCAGAAAAUUAUCAUACUUAAAGAACAUCAAAAGGAAGCUUGGUUGGAUGAAUUUAUGAACAUUAGCCUCUUCAAGGAUGAUAAAGUCAUAAUAUUUAUGCGCAAGAAAAUAUCGGUUGAAAAGAUGUAUGAAAAUUUUAAUAGAAAAAAUAUCAAUUGCAGGUGUAUACAUGGCGGAAGAUUACAAACUAAUCGGGAAAGAUCAUUGGCUGACAUGCGUAAAGGUGUUGUAUCCAUACUUAUUGCUACAGAUGUAGCAUCUAGAGGAAUAGAUAUUCAUGAUAUUACUGUCGUUAUUAACUAUGAUUUUCCUACAAAUAUUGAAGAGUAUGUUCACAGAGUGGGUAGAACUGGUAGAGCAGGAAAAACAGGUUCUGCAUAUACUUUGUUUUCUGACCAUGAUAAAUGUUAUGCUUCUUCCCUAAUCAGUGUUUUGGAGAAGUCUAAUCAACCUAUUCCAGCUGAAUUAUAUAAAAUGACUACUCAGUAAACACUAAUUCAAACAUUAAAAUUAAAUUAUUAUUUUUUACGCUUUAAUAAUUAACAUAAAAAGUAUUUAAUUUUUAAUUUAGUAUUUAAAUUAAACAUUACUAUUAUUUUUUUCAUUGCUUAUAUUUAAUUUAUAAUAGCCAUCAUAAAUAUUCUUAUUCAUUUUAUAUUUAUCAAUUAAUCAAUUUUAAUCAUGGCAAUAGUUUUGUGGUUUGACAGAUUAUUAUCAUUAAUUUCAAUGAUAUUAAAUUAUUUUUAUUUCAACUUUUUAAUUACAAUUUUUUUUUUUUUUAACAUUUAAAUAAAAUAAAAUAAAAAUUAUGGAUAUGAAGUACUUGAUCAAGAAAUAGAUAGUACUAGUUAUUUAGAAAUAAUGUUGGUUAGUGUUGAGACUUUUAGAGUUCUUAUAAUUUGCAGGAUUGUCUGUUACAUGGUACAUAUAUAUUAGGAGACAUGUAAUUUAGUCUUUGUUGUAGUGAGAUUGCUUUCAUUCCAUUUUAUAGAAAUAUCGUAGAAGAAAUAUCAUAUAAUAUAACCAUAAGAUUAAGGAUUGAAAAAUGUUCUAUUAUUUAAGUUUUUAAUUUUUUUUUUUGUGUGUGUAAAAAAGUUAUACCAAAAAUAUCUUUAUUGUUCCUAUUGGGCUUUAAAUCAACAAUGAUCAAUAGCAGUGAGUUUUUUGUUUGGUGAUGUAUACUAUUCAUUAUUUGGCUUACAGAAUGGCCUAGUUCUUCUGUUGCUGUUGAAAUGUUCAAUGAACAAAAUUCAACCAAUGAAGGUUUCCUAAAACUACUCUAAAUGCAUUAUACUGUAACUGUGACACUCAUUGUUAUUUUUUGAAAAAAGUAUUGUUCUUUGGUAAUCAUCAAGAGUUUGAGGGGUUGAAGUUUAAAAUAUAAUAGAAGUUAAUUUGUGGCUAAAUCAGUCAAGACCAAUGAUAUUGGUAAACACUUUACUUAAAUCAGAGAAGUACACUUACAUCUUUUGUACAAUUUGUGGAUCUCUAGCUGUUUCUAAUUUAAUUUGAUUGUCAUUGUUUGUAUUUAUAAAGUUGGAUUCAGAUCCAGAAAGAAUGUUAAAAAAAGUAUUUAAAUUUCAUUACAAUGGCAGAAGUAAUAUUAAAGAUGAUGUGCAAAGAAAGUAAAGAUUUUUGUUAUUCUCCAAUUGCAACUGUGAUUUAUUUGAUAACUUCAAUUUAAAUAGUCUAUUAAUACAAUUAUUAUAAUUAACACUGUUAUUUUUUGCUUUUCUUCGGAAGGUCAUUGGUGAGCAAGUGAUGGAAGCUAGAUAGUUUUCUUUAACUGUAAUAUUAUCACAAAUUUGAUUCAGGAAAAUUUAUUCUGAUGAACUGCAUUUAAAGUAAACAUUGUAUGGAAAUAAAAAAAAAAAGUUUAUGCAGUAUGCACUUUUUGGUUAUUCUUAUUAAUGAAAAAAUAUAUCCUAAUUUUAAAACUAUUUCCUAAUACAUACUAUUGCAUCCAAAAAUAUUUUUAUUUGAAUAUUUGAUAUUAUUUUUCAAAAUUUCCUGAACUGUAUUGUUUGUCUAAGUUAAAAUAUAUUAUUUGUUAGUUAUCAUUAAUUGCUUCAAUUAUAUUAUAUUAAAAACUAUUAGGUAUUUUUAUCUUUAAGCUAUAUCAAAUAAUUUCAUAUUUUCAGUUAAUUAUUUAAAAAAUUGUAAUUUAUUAAUUUUUUUUUUAUAUAUAUUAAUAACUAAAUUUACAUCAUGCAAAAAUGUUAAGUGCCAAUGUUUUUACUUUUGUAUUAUUCUUAUAUUAUAUACUGAGUCAAUAGGACAACACUAUUUAUAAUUUACAGAAAAAUAUAUUUACUUUGUUUUAUUAUGCUAUAUUAAAUUGUCCUUACAUAUCAUACUUCUUUAACUAUUAAUAGUUAUAAUUAGUUUUAAAUUCUUUUAAUGCAAAUAUUUUUCACUUCAAAAGUCUGGUUUAAAUACAUUUUAUGUUGUAUUAUAACACUAUAGUUAUUACUAUAGUAUUAUAGUAUAUCAUAAAGUUGUUUUAUAAUGCAUAAUGCAUAUAAAAUAUAUAAAAUCAAUUCCACAUUGGUUUAACGUUAAACCAAAUUAAAUGGAAUAAAAAAAAAUAUAAAUAACAUACAAUCUGGGUAAAAAGAAAAAGAAAAAAUAGGACCAUACUUUAAUAAACCAUCUAUUAAAACAUAACUAUUUUAUGAUAAAAAAUUAAUUACUUUAUACUUGUACAAUGCAUUAGUAUUGUUAAUUUCUUGUAUAGUAAUUAACAGUGAAAUAAAUACAAAUAGGAAGAUUCAAGAACACCACAUACCAAAAGAAAUUGGACUGGACCUAUGAUCAAAUAUGAGCAUAAAUAAUUUUCAUACUGAAACAAACUAAUUAAUUGAAUUAAUGAUAAAAUAACGUAAAACUUAAGUUUUAAAAUAAAUUAUAAUAGAAAUUAAUUUAAAAUAUUAACAAUCAUUCAAUUUCAAUCUAAAAAAAUCAGUCACACGAUACCUUAUUUUAAUUAAUAAUUAUUCAAUUCAAUAGUUUGUUACAAUGCAUUUGUUUUUAAUUUAUAACUAAGUACCUAAUUACUGUUUUUAUUAUUUUGUAUUCGUUUUAUUGUAUUAUUUAAAUAUUUGAAAUAAUAAUUAUUUAAAUCUAAUGGUGUAUCUUCAUACAAUGGCAUUAGCUCAUUAGCAUGCCAUAUCCAAUUACAUUAAUUUUUUUUGUCUAGUAUUUAAGUAGUAUAUAAUUGCUAUUUUUUAUUUUAUUAGAAAAUAUCUUAACAACUUUUUGUGAAUUACUGUAAUUUAAAAAUGUAAUAGUCAUUUAGAAAUAUAUCAUAAAAAAAAACAGGUAUUGAACAUUUGAGGAUUCAGAGUACAAAAAAACAUUGUAUAUGAUUACUUAAGUAUAGGCCCAACAAGAGGGGGCAGCUGAGGCUGUAACCCUAUAACCUGGACCUCAAAGCAACCAGAUCCUAUAUUUUACUUAAAUAUAAAAAUUAUUUGUAGUUCUGUUAUUGAACGAUUAGUUUUUAAUGAGAAAACUAUUAAUUACUCUGUAUUUUUAAAGUUGUGGCAAUAUGAUAAGAUUAUCAUUUAAAUGAUAUAAUAUAUUAUAUUAUAAUGUACAAGUGUAAAAUUAAACAUACAAUUAUAAAUA